CGCAUGCGCGGCAAAGUUGAAGGACUUCCCAAAAAAAGUUUUUACAACUCUAGCGGAGAGGGCUGCGGCAGCGGCGCUCUAGACCGGGCACCUCCAUGGCGGGCUCGGAGGAGCUGGAUCUCCGCGAGGACACGCUGAAGGUCCUGGCUGCCUUCCUCCGCCGGGGCGAGGCUGCUGGGUCCCCCAGCCCACCCCCUCCGAGGACACCACCCGGAGAAGAGCCAACUGACUUGCUGAGUCGCCUUCGAAGAUGUCUGCCAUGCCCGCUGGGGCGAGGAGCUGUGCCCCCCGAAUCCCCACGGCCUUGCACGCUGCCACUGCGCCCCUGCUAUGGUUCAGGACCUGGCCCAGCUACCCCCGACUUCUAUGCCCUGGUGGCCCAGCGACUGGAACAGCUAGUCCAGGAACAACUGAGAUGCCCCCCUAGCCCAGAGCUCCAAGACCCCCCAGCCACAGAGAAGGAAGCCCUGUUACGCAGGCUGGUGGCCUUGCUGGAGGAAGAGGCAGAAGUCAUCAACCAGAAGCUGGCCUCGGACCCUGCCCUGCGCCAGAAGCUGGCCCGCCUGUCCACCGCCUCUUUCGCCCGUCUGGUGGAGCUGUUCUCCAGCCGCGAAGGCAGCCGCACCAGCCCGUCCUUGCCGUGCCCAGGCCCUCCACCGCCCUCCCCGGAGCCCCUGGCCCGCCUGGCCCUGGCCAUGGAGCUGAGCCGGCGCGUGGCCCACCUUGGGGGCACCCUGGCCGGACUCAGCGUGGAGCACGUGCACAGCUUCGCGCCCUGGAUCCAGGCCCACGGAGGCUGGGAAGGCAUCCUGGCUGUCUCUCCCGUGGACUUGAGCCUCCCCUUGGACUGACCUCAACUUCAGAAAUGACUGCCACAGGCCUGGACCUUGUAUCCCUGUGGCCCUGCCUUCCUUGUGGGCAUUUCCAAGCCCUCCCCUUCUA